AGAACCCAAACCAUUCGAUCCAUGGCCGGGAGUAGUGAGCCCCCUCGGAGCGGCAGCAACGGCGCCGGCGCCGGCGGUGGAGCUCCGUGCGACUGCCUCCGCUCCGGCCCGCCUAGGCAAUCACUACUGCCUAUUCUCCAACGAACGGUUCCGACACUGGUUUCCGCUGCCGAACGCUGCGCUCUUGCCGUUGCUGAGCACCCGCUCAUCAAGCCUCUCCUUUCCUUCCAAUCCGAAUCCCGGCGCUUCUUCCAGGUUCAUUUGAGGAGCCUUAGGAUGCAGAACUCUAUAGCUACUCACAACUUCGCAGCCAUCUUGCCAGGCGACUCGGUGGCAGGGCUGGUGGUGGCCAAUGGUAUCACUAACUUCUUGAACAUAUAUAAUUCCUUGCUGAUUGUGAGGCUGGUGCUCACCUGGUUCCCCAACUCUCCUCCAGCAAUUGUUGCCCCUCUCAGCACUAUUUGUGAUCCCUAUUUGAACAUAUUCCGGGGGAUUAUUCCGCCUCUUGGAGGUACACUAGACCUCUCACCGAUAUUGGCCUUCCUCGUCUUGAAUGCAUUUGAAAGCACUGCUGCUGCACUUCCUGCCGAACUCCCAGCUGCAACAGAAUCUAAGCAAGGGGUCUCUUCAUCUCCGGCUAUGCCUUUCAAUCCCACUUCAGCUCAGAAAAUGUGGAUAAAAAGGGUGAGCUGCAAGAGAUCUAAGAACUCUGAAAAUGUUUAGUCAUGUGUUUGUAAGACCCUAUUCUAAGUUGUCUACUGUAAAAAUGGCCACUUUUGUCUGGCUAAUAGAGUUGGAGUUGGCACUAAAUUUUUGUGAUUUCAGAUUUGACAAAUUCUAAUGUUUGUGCCUUCUUUCUUGAAUACAUUCGACCUCUCUAUUUUCUAAUA